CCCUAUCAUUGAGGCGAGCUUUCGGUGUCCUGCGCGCUGGGAUUGAGAGAGAGCAAGUGCAAGCAACAUAUAAACAUCACCUGCUGGGACUUUAGGCACCCAGACAAUCCAGAUGCAUGCAGCGUCCUAUAUACAAGAACAAAGAGUCAGCUGUGUCAUGUGCGUUCGCUGUGCGCCAGAAGAUCAUUUUAGGUCGUGUGCUUCUGCGAUUCAGCGCAGGGAGCGAGAAGAGAGAGUGAUAGCAUCGGGAAGGAAACGUUGUCGAUGUUGUUGGCGUUGAGAGUGCCCCCAGGCGAUCAGAGCAGUUGUCGCAGUCUGGCAGAGGAGGGAGGAGGAGGAGGAGUAGCACAGGGAAGUUCCGGCCGAAGCACGGAGCAUUUGCGUUAGUGUCAGUGGUUGCAAUUGACUCAUCUAGAAGGAGAUGUGGCCAUGUGGGGGAAGAUUGAUUAAUUUGUACGCUUUAGAGGUCGAGAGCGUGAGAAAUUGAAAGGUUUUCAUUGCAAAGAGAACAAGAGCUAGCCGUUGGAGGCGUGCGAUAUAGUUGCGACAAUUUGCUUAGGUAACGAGGUCGUAGUCCGAGGAGCAGGCAGAGUGUUCUGUGAUUUUGGCAGCAGAUUUCACCUGUUUUUGGGUUGAUCUGGUGCGUCCGAGUUUGAGAAAUUCGCUUCACCUAGUAGGCAAGAUUGGGCUGUUCAGCAAACUCCGUCUCCUUGCGAAGAGAAUGACUUGCAAAGCUCAACAGGACGACAUGGACGAGAUGCAGGUAGACUUCGGGGAGGGUAGACCAGAUCCCGUAGCACCUGAGGGCCCGUGGGCCAAUCUCCUCGGUGAAGCUUUGUCUGAAGUAUUCAGCCGGCUUCCGUUCGAGGAAAGAUUGAAAACGGUGCCUCUGGUUUGCAAGAACUGGAGAGAUGCAUCGUACGAUCCUUACUGCUGGAGAAAGGUAGACAUGGAUGGGUGGUUCCACAAACGGGUGGAAGAAGAUUACUGGUGGGAGUUCGAAUGCGAGUCCAAGGUCGAGUUCCUCGUCAAGAAAGUCGUGGAUCGGAGUUGUGGCCAGCUCCGUGAACUCAGAACUAUGCAUUGUUCGGAUGGCAGCAUUGAGUACAUUGCCGAAAGAUGUCCGUCUCUUACAGUGCUAGCUAUGCCUAACAGCCUUUCGGUGACCGACAAGUCUGCCACAAAAUUGGCGGCCAAUUGCCCGAAACUGCAAAUCUUGGACGUAAGCGAUUGCUACAAUAUUUCGAACCAGGCGCUCGAAGCAUUUGGCCGCAAUUGCCCAGCUUUGAAUUGGCUGGGCCGCAAUAUGCUCAAGAAGCAGGACUUCAUGCCCACUGGACCGAUUCCCGGCGGUGACGAGGAGGCCAUCGUCGUCUCCAAGCACAUGGUUAGACUGAAGCAUUUGGAGAUGAAGAAGACGAGUUUGUCAGAUCUUGGACUAGCCCAUCUAGCCCGAGGUUGUGGCCAGCUCGAGUCACUGAACCUGGCUUGCUGCACGGCAUUAUCACCCAAAGCGCUCGAGGAAGUCUCAAAGCAAUGCGCCAAUUUGAAGGACUUCACCAAACCCAUCACCCCUCGCAUGCAUGUGAACCCCGAGUUUUUGUGGGUGUUCUUUGAGUAAUUACAGAGGACUACUCGAAAUGAAUCCUACUGCAGAAUACGUGGAUUUUACGAAGUACAUCCAAAGAACUGCCAUGAAAUUGCUGCUAACGUCUAAGCACCUACCAGACCAGCACUGCUCUCGAAGACCCGGAGGAUCUGGUAACCUCACUGCGGAAAAAGAUGGAACGUCGUUGCUUUUUGUGCAUUCACCACGGUACAAACAUGAGAUCUUUCAUAAGCCGUGAGACGACAUGAAUUUGGGAUUCUUGCCAGUGGACCUUAGGUUAGAGGGUGUGGACUUGUUCAUUUCUCAAUCAGAAUGGGGCUGAAGCCCCCGUUAGGGCAUGUAGAUCAGGCCGCAAUUUUUCCAAAGCCACCGUUCCAUCUCCCUGUCCAAGAAGAUCUGCACUACUCUCGAAGUGGUUUCUCAGCAUGGAUUAGUAGCUGGAGAAUGGUCUCAACAGCAGCACUUGGGACACAUUGGGAUGCACGGCUUUGGCCUAAAACUUUGUACUUUUAAUCUCUCAGCUGAAAUGGCUUUAUAAUGAAUUGUGUAAUCUCUCAAAACUCGCUCAUCCGAGAAAUCAGGCUUGUAACACUCUCAGUCUCUAAACCUGCCCUCAUUCUCUUCGUCACCCCUUGCCGGGUGGUAACGUCAACGAUGUCGGAAUUUGGCUGUCAAAGUAGAAACAAUUUGACCGGUCACCGGUACACUUCUCUCUGUCAUUUUCCACAGUUCAGCAACACCCCCUUGUGUGUGACCUUGGAAUCUUCUUAGUGCCGAAUCCUUUUCACGGAGGAGUCUGGCUGUGGUCCCCUUCGGAUGGUAAGCGCAGCCACCCUUACUCAAAGUUGGUGUAGCGCAUGCACGCUCUAGGAAUCACGCCGAGAUUUACGUUCUUAAAUUUUCUUCACGGCCGGUCACAACAACAAGCAUGUACUGUAGUGUCAAGCUGGACACUUGUC